AUAUCCAAAUCACUUUUAAUCUUCCCUUGAUCGAAUAAACUUCGUUAACCAAAAAGCAACAUAAAUUACCAUGGAGUGCCAAAAGACAACUUUGGCUUUGAUUUUGUGUCUCUUUGCUGUCGCUGUUGUAGGAAUUCUAGGAGCUCCUGCAGACUUCCAGGACGACAGAUUCACCACCAAGUGCUUAAAUGAGUCAGUCCUAGUUUCUUUCGAGCAACUAUUUUACGACCUUCGUAUGUAUACUGCUGAAUCGGAACCUGGUGACUUUAAUUCCGAUUGUUCAAGAACUUUCACACCAAACGAACCAGCUGUAAAGGAGUUCAACUUUAAGAAAUGCAGCUAUGGAUCCAGGAAGAUGAAGGUCUACGUUGAUGAAAUUUAUGAAGGAAAAGUAUUCAACACACCGGUUGUUAAAAUUGACUGCGAAACUACUCUCGGCGAUGCUGUGGGAAGUGUAAUCGGUGCUUAUAUUGAUAUAUUUUCUCAUUAACCAAUCGUGCUAUAAAUAUGUUUCAUAAUUAUUAUUUUGCGACGUAUAAUAAUUAUUGUCGCUUUUAUAUGAAUGCUGAGUGUUUUAUCUAUUUGAAUUGUGUUCUAAUUGAAUUAAUAGUUUUAAUAA